AUGUAUUUGGCCGAGUACCUACCGAGAUUGGAGCAGAUCUCUGUAACCGUGGAAAUUGGAGAAAAACACAAUGCCAUAAAAAGCUUGGCUUUACGAGAAAACGCGCUUUUCCUCGAAACGGGAGCAACGGAAGACGGCCAGCAAGCAUCUGCAACCGAUGCCUAUAGAAUCCAUCUUCCAGUGCAAAAGACAUCGGCCUUGGCCGGUGCCAGAAUCUCUAAACUCGCCUGUGGAGAGGCCAGGGUCUCACUCACAUUGACGCUCGAAAAUGCCGCCUCAAAAGUGGCGCCUGCACCAUUUACAGCGCUCUCUGGCUCGAAUGGCGUAUGGUCCGUCGAGGAUCUUUUGAAGAAAACGCCACGCGACGCCAAUGACGUCAGCCGGUUCAGUUUCUCGUGUGCUCAGUGCAACGCUGUCGUGGUGGAUUCGGCACUGCACAAGUUCGUCGACAUGCCGCUGGAAUACUGGCACGAAAUGAUGGACUUCUGGCACUGUCAUAAGCCCCACGAGGACCAUCACAAUGUCAAUGACAAAAACUACAAUGGCAAGCUCAGCCCUAGGCAGGGCUUUGUGCACGUGGGCUCGUCGUACAUUCUCCUUCCGCAGCGGGACGAGAACUGUGUGUGUGGACGGAAGCUUGGAACGCUCGACGGCGAAGCUCUCAAAAUCAACAAGUGGAAUCUCCACCUUCAAUACUCAGAGAAAACUGAAACGUAUCCGCCGUUUUCGUAUGUGUACUUUGCGAUUCUCGAUCGUGUCAACGCACUGGGGGUACGGAAGUUCACGGUGAGAACAGCAGGGACGUCUUUGGCGUAUAAUGUAUGGGUCACGAGUGUGGGCUUAGACGUAUCAUACGGCGACGACAAAAGCCUAUCAGAGUGCUUGAAGUUGCUCUAUGCCGUACAGACAGACUCAAAGGACGAUGACGUUGUCGAAGUGCCCGAGGAGCCACCGGACCGUUGA